CAAGGCUUAAAGUUUUCCGGAUUUUCCGGCUAGUUCCGGUACUUUCAGACCGAAAUUUGACCCCCGUGAGAUCAGUGCAAAUCCGGGUUGAUAUCAGAGGGGGGUAUGGGUUGAUCUGAAGCCCAAAUAAGUUGAAGACUUGAGGAAAAAAUCGUUUAAUUGCGGGCCCCAAAACAGCUGAUCAGCUGAUUCACGUGUGAUUUGUUAUUUAAUAAAUAGGUCAGGUUCAUAAAUUAUGUGGCUGUUCAUGUUUAUUUUGUCACUCCCGUUGUAAUUAUGUUGGAUAAGUAUUGAAUAAUAAGGGAGUAUGUAUUCUGAAAAGAAGAGCACGUGAUUUGCAUGUGGUCUACGGAAAUUUCCAAAUAUAGACUUCGUGUUGUUACGUCCUGACUUCGGUCGUUCACGAUCAUUGAUCGGCAAUUCCCGUACAUUAUCGGCUCAUUUAGUUCAAAAUGGCGACUAUCGAAGAGGGAAUGGCUCUCCCUUGCGAAAAUGGAGUCAAAAAUAAGUUCCUUUGGAAAUGGUUAGAUGAAAAAGGAGAUGAAGAUGUAAUUCAUCGAUUGUGGCUCCGAAAAGUUGAUGAGCCGGGUGUGUGCUUAUGCACAGUUUGUGGAAAGAAAAUGAAAUAUGGGACAUCGGGGAAAAAAAUCUUGUAUCAACAUAGUAAAGAUAAACACCACAAACAAAAAUUGAGAGAGAUCAAUAUAGUGGCCCCACUCCCUGGAUUCAGUCUCCCUGUCCAUGGGACUCCCACACCACGACUGUCUGAUGGAAAUACGCUAAAACCUAACAGUCUAGACCGUAUUGCUGAUGUGAAAAUUAAGACAGUCUCCUUUAUAUCGGAACAUGAUUUGCCCUUCACGAUUGCCCCAGAUCUUAUUAAAUAUGCACAGAAUUUGGCAGGGGAUAAACCUGCAUUAAAUAAAUGUACUCUUAGCAAUGUGCUGCAUCUUAUAUAGCUACACAUGGUAUAACAGAAGCAAUCAAGUCAGAAUUCAAAUCCAUGGGACAAUAUUACCCACCUUAUUACUAGUAUAAUUGGAACAUUUGGGGUUAUCAAAUUAAAAAAAUACAAAAAUGCAAUAAACAGAUGUAAAAAAAUGUGAACAUUUUAUUCAAUGUACUUUCACCAGAAGGCUCUAGAAGCCACCAGAGGGCACCAAUUUUCA